AUGCAACUUUUUUUAAUACCUGCUUUAGCUCUCUCACAGGCCUUUGUUGUGCUUUCUCAACAUGCUGAGGCCGCUUUCCACGUUCCUUCUACCUGUGAGGAACGUGCUAGGCAAGCAGGCCUGCCAACUGAUGGUUGGGAAAUAGUUCCUGACAACAACGGUCAAAUGGUGUGCCGUCAGACAGCCGUGCGUGAACUCUGUUACGGUGUUGAAUAUGUUGACGCAGACACCCAUGAGAAGAAAUGUGCUCAAGAUGCGAGUGGUCUCACAUGGAUCGACAAGACUGCGCAGUUAGCCAAGUGGUGCGCCAAGGAUCACGUAUGGACGUACGAUAACGGAAGCGGUGCUAGGUAUGGAGGGUGCUGCCCGGUUGGGUUUCACAUGGACCGCGGGACGUGCAUCUCAGACGCUCCUGAGCUUCCUACCCCUCCUACCCCUGCCUGCCCUUACCACCCUGCCUACCCUCCGAACCCUCCCGGCCCUUCCAACCCUCCUACCCCUCCUAUCCCAUUCCCUGGUCCUCAGGCAUGUGGCAAUGGACAUGGCGGCGUUGAACCCUCUUGCACGUGCACGAACUAUCCAGUCUGCGGGCGUGGCAAAUACCUCGGCAUCAAAUAUGGCCAUUGCUAUAUCCUUUCCUUCUCCGAUGGCGAGCAACUCGGCAUCGACCGCGACCACACCGACUACAAGAAGAACGGCUUCUUCGUCGAUAUCCCAUUCAAAGUCUGUAAUUCGACCACCGAUUGCUCGCGUGGAAAGGAGGUUGAGAUGGGCCAGUCCUUCUCCCUCCAAGAUCAGCAUGGAUUGUAUAAAGACACGCAGUCGACGAAAGGGUGGAUCAAUGACGCCUCUGGUGGUAACCAUAUGGAAUUCACCACUGAUGCCAGCCAUGCUGGUAAAUUUACGGGAAUCCCUACUUGUACUAGCGGUGAAUGCGCUAUUCAACUAUAUGGUGGUCCCUCUGGCGGUGCAUUGGCAUAUGCCUGCCCGAUGCCCCAGCCCGGACUGACAUUUUAUGGCAACCCUAAAGUCGGUCAGAAGCUUCGCUUCUCUGAGGUGUCGUGCGACGAGUAUGAGGUCCCUUUGACUUCUGGCAUCAACCUACAGUGA